GGAGGCAGCAGCUGCCCUUGGCGGAGCUCUCGGCGCCCGGCCUCCAGGCCUGCAGCAAUCAUGGUGAAUCUGAUUCAGGCUGUGCGUGACCACUGGGUUCAUAUUCUGGUACCAAUGGGAUUUGUCAUUGGCUAUUAUCUAGACAAGAGGAGUGAUGAAAAACUAACUGCUUUCCAGAAUAAGAGCAUGUUAUAUAGAAGGGAACUGAAGCCUAAUGAAGAAGUUACCUGGAAAUGAAGGCUUUGGCUGAAUUGAGAAAUUUUCAUGUUGAAUAAAAAUAUUUUAUGAAAGAAAA